AUGUCUGAGACCUACGCUGGCGGAUUCCAUGCUACAACCAUGCAGUUACAAGCUAACAUCGCCGCAUACCGAGGUCAACUUGAAUGCAUUCAAGAUCACUUGCUCAAUGCAAAUGUGUCAUCAGCUUUAGGGGAUUCCUUACACGAGCUUUUCCUCCAUACUGGCGAGAGUGCCUUAUUAAACGAGGCCAUAGCACUUCAACAAUCUAUAUCGCCGCGCCAAGACUUAGCGAAAGCUGAAGCUCUGGACGCCCUCGCUUCAUCGCUCUACGACAGACAUUGCCAGCUAGGAAGGCGGCAAGACCUUGACGAGGCCAUAGCGUUACAUCGAACAUCGCUGGAUCUCCGAUUGCAAUAUGGGCUCGACGCGAAAUACUGUCUUUACGGCCUCGGGAGGUCCCUUACUACGUUGUCUCGUUAUCAUCCCUUCCACGUCUCCCCACUUGAAGAAGCAAUCAAGUGCCUUCGCCUAGGCUUGUCAUCAUCGCACCCGCCGGACAUGCAGUCCGUCCCUGCACUAAUCGCGCUAUCGGAUGCAUUGAUGCUUCGCUACUGGACCACGGGACGGGCUGAGCUUCUUGAAGAAGCGAUCAUGCUCUCUAGGUCUGCCGUGGCCUUGACCUCGACGGCGAUGUGGACGUUGAACGUCGUCCCAUCUCUUGUAUCUCUUGGUGUUGCCCUCAGAGCUCGGUACACACAUCAGAGUCAGCCAGAGGAUUUCGAAGAGGCCGUCCAGCUGCUGGAUCUAGCUAUCUCAGCAGCACCUCACCCGUCGUAUCCCGAUCAGUGGGCGGCAUUGUGUGCGUUGGCAGAGGUCCUCGUCCUUCAGCGAUACAGGGCGCAGGCGGCAGAGGAUGUUUCGAGAGCAAAACUCCUCGCCCAUCAAGCCGUCACGCUAUGCCCUCCUGGUCAUUUCUAUCGCGUCCGAGCCACGCGGGUCCUUGCAGAAGCGUCGAUGUGCAUGUACCUAGCUGCAGGUUCUGACAUGCUUAUUCACGACGCAGUCGGUCUCUAUCGCGAUACUAUCGCUUCCUCUCCAACGCAGGAUUGUCAGGACUGCUUGCUUGCGACGGCGGGUCUUGGCGCAGCCCUUCAUACCCAAUUCAGGGUCCGGGGGGUGAUGGAUGAUGUGGAUGAAGCUAUCCGUUUGCUCACAUCUUGCAAGGAAACUGGACCUCACACGCAUGCCGAUUAUCACAACUUGCUGCAAAACCUCGCCAAUCUUCACGGGCUACGCUUCAAGGUGAAGGGUGACGUCGCGGACAACGAUACUACUAUUCGCCUACGGAGGGAGGUCCUAGCGGUUUGUCCCGUUCGGGAGAUCCGUCGAACGUUCUACCUGGCCAACUUGGCGCUCACGCUAGAGAGCGCCGCUACUAAGCGAGGCAUGGUGGAAUGCUGGCAGGAAGCUUCUAAGCUUUGUAAAGAGGCCCUGAACUCUGUACCAGAGCAGUCUCGCUACACCCUCGCCAGUCUGAGCUGUGUGCUCAGGGGAGCAUGGGCGGAUGGUGUAGACCCCCAGGGUCUGGAUAUCUCAAUUGACCUGCACGAGAAAAUUCUUGUUACCACUCUCGCCGGUCAUCCCCACCGUGCCGAGCACUUGAUGGAGUACGGCAAUGAUCUUUAUUUGCGGUUUCGUGCGACGUCAGACCAACAAGACUUAGCGAAAAGCAUGUUGGCUUACAGAGAGGCCGUACUAGACGAAGGCUCCGUCAUUCGAUCUCGUUUCGAGGCUUCCGUGCAUUGGAUCAGGCAUGCAGAGGAAGUGCAAUCACCCGAGUUGGUAUCAGAGGCCUACCAGCGGACCGUUGGGCUGUUCCCGCGUAUUGCAUACCUUGCGUUGGAUCCCGAAGAACGUCUGAAAUCGUUGAAAGUCCUGAGGGAAAUACCUGGGCUCGUCCAGAAGGGCGCGCUCCAUUUCCUUGCACAGGGUUUGCCAGAAGCCGCCGUUGAACUUUUGGAGGAUGGACGAGGUGUGUUCUGGACCCAGCUCUCACGAUUGAGAGAUCCACGAGAGGAACUGCCGGUACCAGGCGAGUUAGGAAAACAACUACGUGCAGUUGCAUCGAAGCUUGAGGAGCGAAAAGCUGGCGCAAGCGUUUCUCAAGUUGCUACAAAACGUCGCGAAAUGGCGCAGCAGUUUGAACGACUCGUUCGGGCCGCUCGUGCACACCCUGGUUGCGGAGAAUUCCUCAAACCAUUCUCAUUCGAGAAGCUACGCGUAGCGGCCAUUCACGGUCCCGUCAUCAUUCUAGUUGCGGACAAAAUCAGUGCAGAGGCCAUCGUGAUUCCCUCUUCCACUAGACCAGCGAUGCGAGUGCGUCUCUCCGUUGCCCCAGAAUUGCUUAGGAGCGCUAGCAAAACUAUCAGCAAGUCAGCCAGGGCUUGGAGAGACGCACAUCAACCGCGAGACCUGAACGCUUCGACUUCGGAUUCAAGACUGUCGAUCACAAGACCUACUGUACAUCUGCACGAUCCACUUGAUAGCCUUCUUUCAACUCUAUGGCAUGAGGUCGUCCAUCCGGUGGUCCAGGCUCUUCGUUGGGAGAGGCGACAGGGCCGUGACCGCCCGCGACUUUGGUGGGUACCCACCGGAGUAUUCCUCUUUCUCCCAGUCCACGCCGCGGGAAUUUAUUCGGGCGACUCGCCGGUUUCACUGUCAGAUUUUGCGGUGUCGUCCUACUCUCCGAGCGUUGGCCAGCUCAUCGACGCGCGUAGGCGACCUGUGCAAGUGCAAGCUGCGACCGCAAAGGCGCUCCUCGUUACACAGCCCAAUGCACCAGGUUUAGCUCCGCUUCCUAACACGCUUGUCGAAGUAGAGCAGAUCGCACACGUCAUUCCUUCCUCUGUGCUCGCUGGAAUGAUAACUGCGAGUCCGCUCGGGGUCUCCGAGAUCCUCGCGGCGUGCCCGCAGGCAUCGAUUCUCCACCUCGCGUGUCACGGCGAACAGAACGGUGAUGACGCGCUCGAGAGCGGCUUUAUCCUCCGGGACGGGAAACUGACCAUCUCCGCACUCACUGAACUGAAGCUGCCCGACGCGUUCUUCGCGUUUUUGAGCGCGUGUGAGAGCGCCAAGGGUGAUACACAGCAGCCGGACGAAGUGAUCAGCCUUUCUGCGGCCAUGAUGUUCGCCGGCUUCAAAUCCGUGAUCGGCACGAUGUGGUCCAUGAACGACGCGGAUGGGCCGUUGGUUGCUAGACACGUCUACAGUGCACUCUUCAAUGGAUCGGACGCGCUCCAGCCUGAUGUUAUCCCAUACGCACUCGACGCCGCGAGCCAGGAACUGAGGGAAUCUGGCGCUCGUCCUAGCAGGUGGGCGACGUAUAUACAUAUGGGGAUAUGA